AUGGAUAACAAUGAGAACAUAGACUCGAACGACAACUCGUCCGACACCAACACCGCGAACUACAACCAGGGGAAAAAUGAAAACAUAUCAGAGGAAAUGGACUUUAGCAAAGAAGACAACGAACUGGAUGGAAACAACAAGGGUUCCAAAUCGAAGCAGGAUAAUUUAGGCAAGACAAAGAACGCGUCGGAUAAGGAUGACAUAAACAUGAUCGACUACAGUGACCAUCAUUUUCCAUGCCACCCAGCGCCCCCCGUAUCGAUAAAGCUUUUUAUAGGAAGAGUCCCCAAAUCUAUGGAGGAAGAACAGGUACGACCCAUCUUUGAAGAAUUUGGAAUCGUAAAAGAAGUGGUAAUCAUAAGGGAUAAAAUUACAAAUAUACACAAAUCAAGUGCCUUUGUAAAAAUGGCAUCCAUCUCAGAAGCAGAUAAUGCCAUAAGAUCACUGAACAAUCAGAGAACACUGGAUCCUCAACUUGGUUCCCUUCAAGUAAAGUAUGCAUCCGGAGAAAUUAUGAAAUUAGGAUUUCCACAAAAUAUCGAAUCAGGUGUUGAUCAAGCAAAACUAUUUAUUGGAUCUUUGCCAAAAAGUAUAACAGAAGAAAGUGUGAAGGAAAUGUUUUCUCCUUAUGGUUCUGUAGAAGAGGUAUUCAUAAUGAAAGAUAAUUCAACCGGUUUAGGAAAGGGAUGUUCUUUUGUAAAAUUUGCUUACAAGGAACAAGCACUUUAUGCUAUAAAUUCUCUAAAUGGGAAAAAAACUUUAGAAGGAUGUGCACGUCCUGUGGAAGUUCGAUUUGCAGAACCCAAGUCGGCUAAGCAGACACAAAUUCCCAUGACUCUGCAACCUAUGCAAAAUGCAGCUCAUGGUAUUUCCUCGCAACCACAUGUGACCAGCCCGAACAAUAUCAAUUUUGGUAACAACUUUGGUGUUAAUAAUAACUACCCGAGACAAGUUGGUGCCUGGAAGGAAUACUACUCUGGAGAGGGAAGGCCUUAUUACUACAAUGAACAGACCAACACAACACAGUGGGAAAUGCCAAAAGAAUUUGAGACCCUCUUUAUGGGUACUACUACCCACAAUAUGCAUAAUUUGUCUGACUCAUCAGGUAAUUUGGAAAAAGAACACAUUUUUUCUGAGUGUAACUCUCCGUUGGGGGAAUGCGCGCCAUUAGGCAAUUCCCCAGUGAGGAUGUUUAUCUCUUUUGUUCAUGCCAAUUUGGGGAUUCGCUAUUUUUUUUUCCCCUCCUCCCGAUCCUCUUUUGCAGGCCCCCCAGGAGCAAACUUAUUCAUCUUCCAUGUCCCUAACGAAUGGCACCAAACAGACCUCAUCCAGGCCUUUUCCCCUUUUGGUGAACUUCUAUCUGCCAGAAUUGCAACAGAAAAAAGUACCGGCCGAAACAGAGGAUUUGCAUUCGUCUCUUACGAAAGUAUUGAAAGUGCCGCGGCGGCAAUUUCGCAGAUGAACGGAUUUAUGGCAUUAAAUAAAAAGUUAAAGGUAACUGUGAAGAAGGGAGAAGAAGAGGAAAUGAAAAAGUUUGUUAGCCAAAAUGGGAUUAACUCCUUCCAGCAAAUGUCCAGACCGCAAAAAAACAUCCCAGCGCAACCCAAUGCAGUAGCACAGCCAAAUUUCCCACCACACCAAAAUGCGCAGCCACAGAAUUUCUUCUACUCCAAUAGCAACAGUUAUAGGUGUGGGCCUUAUUAA